AUGUCUAAUGAAAGUCUGGACAAUUUCCUUUCCGGAGGAAGAAGAGGAGAGUUCGACUGGAAGCGCAGAUAUACAAUUGUCUCUGACAUAGCCUCUGUGAUUCUUUACCUUCACGAGUUGUGGGGUCAAUGUGUGGUGCAGAAAGACGUUAAGUCAAGCAAUGUUAUGCUGGAUUCUGAAUUCAAUGCGAAGCUGGGGGACUUCGGAUUGGCACGGCUGGUGAAGCAUAAUCAAUGGUCUCAAACCACCACUAUAGCAGGAACUCUCAGGUACGUUGCCCCUGAAUGUGCAGUCACGGGAAUCUCCAGCUCAGAAUUAGAUGUCUUCAGCUUUGGUGCCGUUGUAUUGGAAAUUGACCACUGA